CUGCCCGGGACCCCUGCGGCCCCAGGGAGAAGGACAUUGGUGGCCACGUCCCACAGGCCCUCCCUGAGAGCCAGGCGGUGCCACCAGAGGGCCCCUGCUGCUACAUCUGUGGGUCUGCGCUGUCGCCGGCCUCCCAGCACGAGGUCCACGUGCACAAGCAGGAGCGCCUGCCGCAGGCGCCCUUCUUCCCCUUCCUGUGGCUGCACAGCCCGCCGCCCGGCGCCCGGCCCAUCAGCGAGGCGGGCAGCACGCUCGUGUGUCCCUGCUGCUUCUCGUCCCUCCGGCAGCAGUGGCAGAGCUUCGAGCUGGCCGGGGUGCCCGUGCUGCAGCGCCUCUACGUGGUGCCCCUGAGCAGCCGUGCCCCCGGCAUGGCCUCCAAGGGCAGGCGGCCCCCCAGGGAGGAGGCCACGACCGGCUCCACCCUGCCCGAGGCCUGCUACCUGUGCGGAGAGGACUGCACCCCGGAUGCCCGGGCCGUGCCCUCCCGUGUCCUCAACGGCAGCACGCGUGGCACCAUGCACUUCCCGUUCCUCAGCCUCCUGCCCUGCCCGCCCAACGCCCGCGCCCCCAACAAGCGCUCUGAGGUGCGAAGCUGCCCCAAGUGCUUCAGCGUCCUGGAGGACGUGUGGGCCCUGUACCGGGCCUGCCAGAACCAGGAGCUCAUCACCUCCGUGCAGGGCUUCCUGGGCCGCUACCACCAGGCCUUCGCAGCCUCCGACCCGGCCGUCUGCGACCCGCCUGCCCCGGCCCCCGGUGGCCCGGCCUCCGUGUGCUACAUCUGUGGGGCGGAGCUGGGCCCUGGCAAGGAGUUCCAGCUCAACGUGAACCCCGCCAGUCGCCUGGGCGAGAAGGAGCCCUUCUUCCCCUUCCUGACAGUGUACCCGCCCGCACCACGUGCCAGGCCCGCCGACGCCACCGGCCUGGUGGCCACCUGCGUGCUCUGCUACCAUGACCUCCUGGGCCAGUGGCUACAGCAUGAGGCCCAGGGUGCCCACCACGCUGUCAGUGCCUGGUCCCGGCAGUACCAGGUGGACACCUUCGUGUGCUUCUUCUGCCAGCAGGAAAAGCGGCGCUGUCUGGGGCUGAAGUCCGUGCGGGUAGCCCGCCUGCCCCUCUUCCUCUACACCCUGCGAGCCAGCCACAGCCUGCUGGUGGACGAUGGGCGGCAGCUGAUCAUCGGCGCCUGCCUGGAGUGUGGGACCCUGGUGUGUGCAGGCCAAGGGAUCACUCGCCCCGGGCCCAUGGGGUGGAGCUCCCCAGUGACCACAGCAAGAAAGGUCACCUCCGCCUCUCUGGAGGUAUCGGCCGCAGUGCCCCCUCCCGCCCAGGAGCCCGAGCUGCGGCCAGGGCCCACCGCCGCUGACAGCCUGCCCAGGGGCCCCAGGACGGCACCGGAGCCGCAGCCCACGCAGAGCCAGCCGGGCCAUGACGGGGACAGAGCAGGCCUCCCGGGCACAGGCAUGAGCCAUGAACCCAAGUCCCCUUCGCUAGGGAUGCUUUCCACCGCGACCAGGACCACCGCCACCGUCAACCCCCUCACCCCCUCGCCGCUCAAUGGCGCCCUGGUGCCCAGCGGCAGCCCCGCCACCAGCAGCGCACUGUCGGCCCCGGCCGCGCCGUCCUCCAGCUUUGCUGCCGCACUGCGCAAGCUCGCCAGACAGGCGGAGGAGCCCAGAGGGUCCUCGCUAAGCAGCGAGUCGUCCCCUGUGUCCUCUCCGGCCACCAACCACAGCUCCCCCGCCAGCACUCCCAAGCGCGUGCCCAUGGGGCCUAUCAUCGUGCCCCCUGGGGGCCACAGUGUCCCCAGCACGCCACCCGUGGUGACCAUCGCCCCCACCAAAACUGUCAAUGGCGUCUGGAGGAGUGAGAGCCGCCAGGAUGCCAGCUCUCGGGGCAGUGGUGGCGGCGGUCGGGAGCGCCUCAUCAUGGACCCUCCGCUCGCCCAGGAGAAGGCAGGGGCCCCAGCUGUCCCCUCCCACCUGCUCAGCACCCCAUACCCCUUCGGCCUGUCCCCCAGCUCAGUCAUGCAGGAUUCCCGCUUCCCACCACUCAACCUCCAGCGGCCUGUGCACCACGUGGUGCCCCCCAGCACGGUGACCGAGGACUACCUGAGAAGCUUCCGGCCCUACCACACGGCCGAGGACCUGCGCAUGCCCUCCUUGCCCCCGCUCGGCCUGGACCCGGCCACUGCUGCGGCCUACUACCACCCCAGCUACCUGGCCCCGCACCCCUUCCCGCACCCGGCCUUCAGCCCCCUGCUCUCAUACAGGAUGGAGGACUCCUACUGCCUGUCCGCCCUGCGGUCUCCCUUCUACCCCAUCCCUGCCCCCGGCUCCCUGCCUCCGCUGCACCCCUCAGCUAUGCACCUCCACCUCUCCGGCGUCCGCUACCCGCCCGAGCUGUCCCACUCGUCGCUGGCCGCGCUGCACUCGGAGCGGAUGUCGGGGCUCGGCGCGGAGAGGCUGCAGAUGGACGAGGAGCUGCGGCGGGAGCGGGAGCGCGAGGCCGACCGGGAGCGCGAGAAGGAGCGUGAACGGGAGCGGGAGCGCGAGCGGGAGAAGGAGCUGGAGCGGGAGCGCGAGAAGGAGCGCGAGCUGGAGCGCCAGCGGGAGCAGCGUGCGCGGGAGAAGGAGCUGCUGGCCGCCAAGGCGCUGGAGCCCGCCUUCCUGCCCGUGGCCGAGCUGCACGGGCUGCGCGGCCACCCGGCCGAGGAGCGUGGCAAGCCCUCGGAGCAGCUGACGCCGACCCGAGCAGAGAAGCUGAAGGACGCGGGCCUGCAGGCGCCCAAGCCCGUGCAGCACCCCCUGCACCCGGUGCCCGCGCCGCACCACUCGGUGCCCAGCCUGGUCUCCAGCCACGGCGUCUUCUCCCUGCCGCCCAGCAGCGCGGCCGCCGGCCUCCUGCUGCAGCGCAACCACGAGGAGGAGAAGUGGCUGGCGCGGCAGCGGCGGCUGCGGCAGGAGAAGGAGGACCGGCAGUCCCAGGUGUCGGAGUUCCGGCAGCAGGUGCUGGAGCAGCACCUGGACAUGGGCCGGCCCGCGGCGCCCGCCGAGGAGCACAGGCCGGACGGCGGCAGGCAAGGACCGACCCGGCUGGAGCAGGGCAGCCGGGAGGCCCCGCAGCACUUUGGCGGGCCACCUCCGCUCAUCUCCCCCAAGCCCCAGCACCACACGGUGCCCACAGCCCUCUGGAACCCGGUGUCUCUGAUGGACAGUGCCCUGGAGACGCGGCGGCCCGAGAGCCACCCCCUGCACGGCCACACAGCCACGUUCGAGCCCAGCCGCCAAGCUGCCGUCCCGCUGGUGAAGGUGGAGCGCAUCUACUGCCCCGAGAAAGCCGAGGAGCCCCGAAAGCGCGAGGCCGCCCCGCUGGACAAGUACCAGCCGCCGGCGCGGGAGGCGGGCGGCCUGGAGCCCGCAGUCUUUCCGCACGGGCCUGGACCCUUCCUGGCUGAGCUUGAAAAGUCCACGCAGAGCCUCCUGGGCCAGCAGCGGGCCUCCCUGCCCCAAGCAGCCUCCUUUGGGGAGCUCAGUGUGCCCGUGAAGCCCGGUUCACCCUACCGGCACCCGGCGCCCCGCGGCCCUGACCCCGCCUACAUCUACGACGAGGUCCUGCAGCAGCGCCGGAGGCUGGUCAGCAAGCUGGACCUGGAGGAGCGCAGGAGGCGUGAGGCCCAGGAGAAAGGCUACUACUACGACCUGGACGACUCCUACGACGAGAGCGACGAGGAGGAGGUCCGGGCCCACCUGCGCUGUGUGGCCGAGCAGCCGCCGCUCAAGCUGGACACGUCCUCCGAGAAGCUAGAGUUUUUGCAACUUUUUGGCUUGACCACCCAACAGCAGAAGGAGGAGCUGGUGGCCCAGAAGCGGAGGAAACGGCGGCGGAUGCUGAAGGAGCGGAGCCCGUCCCCGCCGGCGGUGCAGAGCAAGAGGCAGGCGCCGUCGCCCCGCCUGGCGCUGUCCACCCGCUACAGCCCCGACGACAUGAACAACAGCCCCAACUUCGAGGAGAAGAGAAGGUUCCUGACCAUCUUCAACCUGACCCACAUCAGUGCGGAGAAGAGGAAAGACAACGAGAGACUUGUUGAAAUGCUCCGCGCCACAAAGCAGCGAACACUGUCCGCAGCGCUGCCCGACGCCUCGGCAAACGCUCCGGGGGACAGUCCCGCCGUCGCCCUCAGCGAUGCAGCCACGCAGCCCGCCUCUCUGGAGACAGAAAAGCCUAUUGGUAUUGCCGCCUCGUUGUCUGAUGUCCCCAAAGCCAUGGAGACUGGGAGACUGGACCCGCUCAGGCCCCGGGAGCUAUCGAGAGCCCAGGAGCCGGCUCCUAGCAGCGGUGAGAAGGCCAGGCUGAGCGAGGCCCCCGGGAGCAAGAAGAGCCUGAGCAUGCUCCACUCCAUCCGGGGCUCCGCGCCCAAGGACACCCCUGUGCCAUUGUCCCACAGCAUCAACGGGAAGAGCAAGCCGUGGGAGCCCUUCGUGGCAGAAGAGUUUGCACAUCAGUUCCACGAGUCAGUGCUGCAGUCCACGCAGAAAGCCCUGCAGAAACACAAAGGGAGCGUAGCUAUGCUGUCUGCAGAGCAGAACCACAAGGUCGACGCCUCUGUCCACUACAACAUUCCUGAGCUGCAGUCGUCCAGCCGCGUCCCCCUACCCCAGCACAAUGGGCAACAGGAGCCCCUCGCUGGGAGGAAGGGUCCCCUCACACAGGAGGUGGACCAGGACUCAGAAGAGGAUGAUGAGGAGGAGGAGGAGGACAGCGGCGAAGAGGAAGACGAGGUCCCCAGGCGCAAGUGGCAAGGGAUUGAGGCGAUUUUUGAAGCUUAUCAGGAACACGUAGAAGAGCAAAACCUGGAGCGGCAGGUGCUGCAGACCCAGUGCCGGCGGCUGGAGGCCCAGCACUACAGCCUCAGCCUGACCGCGGAGCAGCUCUCGCACAGCAUGGCGGAGCUGAGAAGCCAGAAGCAGAAGAUUGUCUCAGAACGGGAGCGGCUCCAGGCAGAACUGGACCACUUACGGAAGUGCCUUGCCUUGCCCGCCAUGCACUGGCCUAGGGGUUACUUUAAGGGAUACCCGAGGUGACGGUUUCCCUAUGCCAGGCCGAACCUAUAGUAUAGAAAUAUUAUCUAUUUUAUUACCUUGAAUAUUUAAUAUUUUUCACCGGGAGGUUUGAAGCUUAAAAAAUGAGAAUGUGCCAUGCAUGAAGCAGAGGAUUCCAGGCUCCAGAAAGAAGCAAACGAACUCGACUUCAGUGCAAUCAGAUCACCUUUGUCACUCCAAGCAGCCAGCGUAGGACGCCGUAGUUCCCUAGAGGUUAACGAUCACCUUCCCAGGCCCUCUCCUGACCCACGGCCAGCACUGACGGCCUCGCCUCGCCUCGCCUGGUGCAUGGGCUCGGAUCUAAGCAGCAGGCCUGUCUGUCGUGCUGCCGAGCUCCUGUGCCCCAGACCAGGGUGGCUCCUGCUGCAGCGUCAGGGGUGGCCUUGUGUCCUCUGCCCAGGAGCGAGGCCGACCGAGCUGGAAAGGUUGGGUGCGUUGUAAGUAAAGGGCUUAUUCUUUUCAGUUGCUUUUCUGCAAAAUUAUCUUAAAACACCCAGUCCUAGGAGCACAGAGUAACCCAAGGCUUUGCCUGGAGGUACCUGUCCACUGCCCCGCGGGGAGAAUGUGCAGCUGUGUCCCCAGCACCCCACCUGAUUGUCACUGCGGGGGGGGGGGGUGUUUUCAUACACCGUAAAUUUGGAGAAAAGUCAAAAGGUGCUUCAGCCUUGUACUGUGUAUAUAUAUUAAAAAACAAAGUUUUGUAUGUUUUUAUUACUUUUAAUUGUUAUAAAAAGCCUGCCAUUUUUAAUAUGUGGUUUGGGGGAUUUUCGUUUGUUUUUCCUGUUUGGGGGUUUGUUUUUCCUGGGAAAAGAAAAAAACCCUUGCUUUUAGUGUUUGUACUGCUGCUGGUCAGGACAUUAAAAUAUUGAGGUUUUUAAAAAUUAAGAAAAGUAAAAAGAGCUUACCACUGGCGCUUAUGCGAUCCCGUCGUUUUUAAUUUGAGUUGCACCGGAACCUGUUGUAGUAGAAAGCCAUGCGUCCCUUCUGUCCUCCCGUCCUCCCGCCCUCCCUCCCCACCCCUGGACAAGGUAGUGACCAAGAACCCGCUGCUGCGAAGCGAGGGGACAGUCUGUGGCGGGAACGAGACCUGUGACAGCCACGCGCACAGCCCUGGGGCUUGCUGAGAGCCAGCCCUGCGGCAGAGCGGAGAUGCCCGAGCACAGGAGCAGGGCAGGGCCUUCAGCGGCUCUACUUGGAUGCCAAGCUUUGUAAAAGCCUCCCGUAGGGUCCACGCCUUCGGAGCAGAGUGCCCCCUUGACCCUGAUGACGGGCGUGGACGGGCCACAGCACCGGCCAGCGAGCCCAGCACCGGGGCUGCCUCCUGAUCCCAGUUCCUCCUUCCCAGCAGGCAGCGUAGCACCUGGUAGCAGAUGGGGCAGAAAGGCUUCGCGGGGCCCAGGGGCGGAGCGGGGCCGGGGCUGGAGCUGACCUUUGCCGGCUACUUGCUGCUGUGCUCCUCGCCCUGAGCUCCGCCCGCGCUGGGCAGUGGCUUGCUGGCAGCUGGCACCAUGUCGCUUAUCUGCCCCCACAGUUUGCUUUGUGCGCCUGCCAAGACUUCCCGUUAUUAGCAAACUCACACAGAAAGUGCCCUGGUCGGUCAGCGCCUUCUGGCCCAAGGAGCAGGUAGACAGGACUGAGAGGCCGUGCUGGGCCUCAGCCCCUGCAGAGAUGCCAAGAGGGUGCAGCUUCCGCAGGGCAGGCGAGGCGAGGGCUGCACGAGCUGUGGGGCCCCAGCAACGCUGCCUUUGCCCGCUAGGCUCUUCCCUAAGCCGUUCAUGGGGCGAGGGCUUCGGAGCCGCACCCCCGCAGUCCCCAACAUGGCGGGUGAGGUCGGAUGCACUUGCUGGCCAGCCUUGGAAAUGGGCACGGCCCCUCCCAGACCCAAGGGCGGCCCCUGGGCUGGACGGCCCGGCGGGGUGGCACACAGAACCAAGGGUGCGUGCUUGGCAAAGGUCCCCGCCCUGCAGGAACUGCUUGCCACAAGCUUCUCUAUGUCCUGCCUCUUAAUAUCCCGUCUGCGGGGACGCCUGGGUGUCCGUUUGCCCCAGGAGUAACACAGAUGACAAUCAGAACGUAAGUACAGACGGGCGAGGCAGCACACAAACCGGGAAGCAGGUGGCAAGUGUCUCUAACAGACUCCACCCUGGGUCUCUGACAAGUUUUCCCAUCCGACAGUCAGUUUUCAGAGAACAGAUCUGUGUUCAGUUGAUAAGCACGUGACCUUGAAGCUUUCUGUUUGGUUUUUCUUGCUCAGUGUGAGGCAGCUGAACAGUCCCACAGCAGUCUGCUCCACAGUGGAUUCUGCAGCCUGUCAGUAUUUACACGAAUACCUCAGUCCUCCACUGUCUUCCCACACCACUGCAAGCGACAGCUGCCACCUGCCCUGACGGGGAAUUCACUGAACUUGGGGGCACACAGCCAGAUGCUAGAUGGUGUGGUUCCAUUUAAUCCGAUCCAAAAUGUCCAAAUAGAACAAAACCACCACGCUAGGGUUUCCAAACUUUCAAUCAACACCCUAGCCUUAACACGGGCAAAACGUUCGAUCAGGACUCGCAUUUCCGGGUCGUUCCCUAAGGAUGUUCAGUGUUAAAAGGAGCCUGCAUCUUCAGCAGCAAGGAAUUCAACCCCAGGAAACCCUAAGCUUGUAGCACACUGCAAAGUAGCUCAGGCCUACCAAAUCCUGUCACUGAACUUGAAAGCAGACCCUCUCCUGCAGACAACCCAAGGGUCCGCCACAAGCUGGCCACAGUGGGCACGGCCCUGCCCUCCUUAGAGCGUAGUAGCCACUUAGCAGCUCUCCACCCUCCCCAGUAACCAGGCUUUGACGUCACACUUGGUAGCCUGUCCCCAGCUUCCGGCCCAGUGCUUCAGCCCCCAGACUCUGCCUCGAGGAGGAGGACGUGCUCACCGCUGGUGUCACCUGUCCGUGCCUGUGCUCCACUGCUAGGACAGCAGACCCACGCUCGGGGGGGGGGGGCAGGGAGGGUAGCAGUGCCUCGGUCAUCCUGGGGGCAUUUAGAUGCUGUGAAAUUAAACUGUUCUAAGUGUACUUGUUUGAAUUAACUGUAUUGUAAUAUUAUUUGUUGAAUGUAGUAAUUAGGUAUUUAUGAAUAUAUGGCUGUAAUUUCUGACAACAUCCAAAAAAUAAAAUCUUCCUAAAUCA